AUGACUAUGGAACUCCGCCGCCAGUUCAUCCACCUCCUCCGUCGCCAGAACCACCACCACUUCCGCCGCUUCUCCACCAAAUACAGCGGACGCGUGGUGGUUCAGACCGAUAACGGCCGUUCCUUCGCCGUUGAAGUUGACAACCCUAUUCCCCAAAACGACGUCAGAGGCUAUCCACUCCCCCGCCGCGACCUUAUUUGCAAGGUCGUUCGCAUGCUCCAACCGCAGUCGUCCACGGCAUCCCACUCCGACCUAUUCGCCGACAUCGCCGAAUACCUCGAAGCACUAGACUUAACGAUUACUCCUUCCGAAGCCUCCGAAAUUUUAAAAUCCCUAAAAUCCACAAACCUAGCCCUCAAAUUCUUCCAAUUUUGCGGCUCCGGCAUUCCUAAAUUUCGGCACAAUGCUUUCACUUACAACCGCAUCCUCCUAAUUCUUUCGAAAUCAUACCUUCCCGACCGCCUUGACCUCGUACGGAAGAUUAUGGACGAAAUGGAUCGUUCAGGAGUUCGGGGCAACAUCUCCACAGUUAAUCUAUUAAUAGGGACUUUCAUUGGUGGGGAAGAGGAUGAUGCUGGAGCUGUUGAGCUGGAAAGAUGUUUGGGAUUGGUCAAAAAAUGGGAAUUGAGAUUGAAUUGCUAUACCUAUAAAUGUCUUCUUCAAGCUUACUUGAGAUUGAAUGAUUCGGAGAAAGCUUUACAACUAUACAGAGAAAUGAGGAAGCAUGGGUAUAAGUUGGACAUCUUUGCCUAUAACAUGCUUCUUGAUGCCCUUGCCAAAGAUGAAAAGGUUGAUCAGGCUUAUAAGCUCUUUCAAGACAUGAAACAGAAGCAUUGUGAACCUGAUGAAUAUACCUACACAAUUUUGAUGAAAAUGACUGGGAAAUUAGGAAAGCCAAAUGAAUCACUUGCCUUCUUCGAGGAAAUGCUUUCAAAGGGACAUUUGCCAAAUUUAAUUGCUUACAAUACCAUUCUUGAAGCUCUGGCUAGGAGCCAAAUAGUUGACAAGAUUCUUUUUAUAUUUUCUAAGAUGGUAGAAGGCAAUUGCCGGCCCAAUGAGUACACAUAUCGUGUCAUUCUAAAUUCUUUGGCUGCAAAGGGUCAACUUGGUAGACUCGAUGAGGUGUUGGAAAUAUCAAGUAAGUACAUGAACAGGUCUAUUUAUGCUUAUUUGGUGAGAACUUUAAGUAAUCUUGGCCAUGCUAGUGAAGCUCACAGGCUGUUUUGUAACAUGUGGAACUUCCAUGAUAAGGGAGAUAAGGGUGCUUAUUUGUCUAUGUUACAGAGCUUGUGCCGUGCGGGCAAGAUGGUAGAGGCAAUAGACUUGCUAGAUAGGAUGCAUGAGAAGGGUAUAAGUAGAGAAACCUUCAUGUAUAACAUUGUCCUCUCUGCUUUGCAAAAAUCAAAACAGAUUACACACAUCAGUGAUCUUUUUGGCAAAAUGAGACAAGAUGGUCCUUCACCAGAUAUAUUCACUUACAACAUUUUGAUCUCUAGCUUUGGUCGAGCUGGAAAAGUUGAUGAAGCUGUCAAAAUAUUUGAAGAUCUUGAGGAGAGCAACUGCAAACCUGAUAUUAUAUCCUAUAACUCAUUGAUCAAUUGUCUUGGCAAAAAUGGAAAUGUCGAUGAAGCGCACAUCCGAUUGAGAGAAAUGCAAGAGUCUGGUUUGAAUCCUGAUGUAGUCACGUACAGCACCAUCAUAGAAUGUUUUGCUAAGACAGAUAAAAUUGACAUGGCUUGUCAGUUGUUUGAAGAGAUGAUUGCAGAAGGCUGUUCUCCAAAUAUUGUGACAUACAAUAUCCUACUUGAGAGUCUUGAACGCUGUGGUAGAACUGCAGAAGCUGUGGAUUUGUAUUCCAAACUUAAAAAACAAGGUCUGACACCAGAUUCAAUAACUUAUUCUAUCAUCGAGCAGUUACAAAGUGGUUCUCAUAAGCCUGUUAGAGUACGGAGGAAAAAUCCAAUUACUGGCUGGGUUGUGAGUCCAUUAAGGUGA